AUGGCCGAGACCGUGGCGCACAUCCAGGGCAAUCCCUCGUCCCCUCUGACACCGCUCAUCCUGGUCCAUGCAAUCUCCGGCCUCGCCCUGCCCUACUUCGCCCUGGGCUCUCUAUCCGCAGACAUCCACGACCAUUCCAAGGACUCAAGACCCGUCUACGGCCUCUCCUCGCCGAUAUACGAGUCCGUCCCCGCCUUCCGCCGCCACAGCAAGAGCCUGCCCUCGCUCGCGCUCGAAUACGUCCGCAUCAUCCGGCGUGACAUCCAGCCCAACGGCCCCUACCUUCUAGGCGGCUGGUCGAUGGGCGGGAUGAUCGCGGUCGAAAUGGCCGCGAUUCUCGCUGCGCAGGGCGAAUCGGUCAAGCAUGUUGUUCUGGUUGACUCGCUGAAUCCCGAGGUGUACCUGCCCUUUCACGAUGCGCAGGAGCGCCGGGUUCUUGCUACUCUUACAUAUAAUGCUAUUGCUUGGCGCGUUAAUGGGCCUAUGGAUACGCCGGGGUUUGAAGGCAGUGCCGGUGCCCCGUCGUCGUCUAGAGAAGGGAGUAGGGCGACGAGCAGCGAGAACAGCCCAGAGAAUACCGACUACGGAUCUGAUAGUGAGGACGGGAGUCAGGGUGAUAUGGACGAGUUUAUGGAUCUGAUCCGAGAGCAUAUAACGCAGGGCUUGUGCAUGUUGGCGUCGUAUCAGACACUGCGUCGGCGGGUCUAUCUUCCUGAGACGGCCGUGACGUUGGUCAAGUGUACAGCGCUGGGCAGUCUCUCUCCUCUUCUAAGCGAGGGGAGGAGAGCAUUUGCGAUAAAGAAUAACCUAGACCCCAGUAAUGGAUGGCGAGCAGGGCAGUUUGGCAGCUUUGUUUCUGUUCCGUUUGCUGCGACGCAUGAUGCCUGUUUUGACGCAGGGGUUGCGGCCAAACUGACCACUGUUCUCAGAGAUGUUUUGAAGGAUAUCGAGUGA